GCGCAGUCCUUCACCACCUUGCUAGCAAGUGCCAAUGCCAGAGAAAAAAGUGGGGCUUUUGCGAUUUUUACCUCUUUCGAACGGUUGGACGGAAAUGCACCCGGGGCCUUGGUUGAGAAGAAGAAAGACAAGCUUGCCGCUUACAAAAAGAAGAGAAAAGAUAAGAACAUAUGGAGUACUAGUCCAGGUUCUCUGAGUCUUCAGGGCUUGAUGGAUGACCCUUCCAUGAGUCAUCCUUUUUCUCCAACCGGAACCGAGAACAACAACAUCAAGAAGGAGGAUGUAGCCUCGCUAGCACAGCCAAUUCACUUAGUAAAUCACUGCUAUCUGUACACGGCGAAAGCGAGUGGCAGCAGUACAACUGUUUCUUCAGCGUCAGCAGGACCAGUGAAGGUUCCGACAAGUAGAGUGACUUCUCCUACUUCACAGGCGAGUCCUAGUAAACCAAGUGCUGCACCAGUUGCCAUGAAAAUGAGAACGAGAAACGCUAAAUCUCAUCAUCUCCACAGUCAAGGCCAUAUGUUCACGCAUCUAAAGAAGCUAGGUCCCGGCUCUACGUCCACGUACGCUAGAACCCUAGAAGCCUUGGCCCAGAGUAAGGAUGAAAGAUUAUUUGACAUCUUCAUGCGUAAUGCUUCCGAUGAUGGGGUUGGGUUGCUGUCUUCGAAACGAAUCAAUAAUGUGAAG